AUGGAGAUUACGGUUUUGUUCAACCAUGAAACUAUUGGUAGUGGCGUAAUUGAGCCAUGGCACCACCUAAAAAGAAACACGACUAUUUUUAAGCUAGAUCUUGCUUCACGUAAUGUGAAGUUAUCUGAGACGGUAUCACAAGAAAUGAAGUUGGCAAAAUCAACGAAUAGAGUUGCAUUGGAUAUGAAGUUGAAGGGUCGGGUCAAAAUAAAGAAGGGGGUUUGGAAAUCGCGUUAUUUUCGCAUGAAAGUCUCGUGUGUACAUGUCGUGGAAACAUUUUCUAAUUCCUCAACGGGAUUUCAAAAGGCUUUGUGUGACGUUGAUAUCUAA